AUGAGCGGUCAUCGUGUCCCAAUAGCUCCUCAGCGUGUGGAUGCUCCGCUUACACAGGCCGCUACGUUUCUUGUUGUAUCCGUGACCGACAAGCCCGACGCCAUUGAAACCGUGCGCUCCACAAUAGCAGGUGUAGACAGCCUAGCCAAAAAUGUAUCCAUCCGUGACCUCAGCGCUCAAUUUGCUUGCACUGUUGGCAUUGGAAGUGAUAUUUGGGAUGGUCUCACGGGUCUUCCCCGACCAUCAGAACUGCACCCAUUUCGCGAGAUUAAAGGCGCUAAACACACCGCGGUCUCGACUCCCGGUGAUCUGCUUUUCCACAUUCGCUCUGAGCGCAGAGAUAUCUGCUUUGAAUUUGAGCGUCAGCUGAUGGAUCAACUUGGUGACUCGGUUUCCGUCGUCGACGAGACUGUCGGAUUUCGUUACUUCGAUGUGCGGGAUCUUCUGGGUUUUGUGGAUGGCACAGCUAAUCCAGUUGGAUUGGCGGUUCCGGCUUCAGUCCUAGUUACAGAGGAAGAUCCUUCUGCCGUUGGUGGGAGCUAUAUUGUUGUGCAGAAGUACACUCAUGAUCUACCCGGAUGGAAAGAUCUAUCUACCGAACAACAGGAGCGGAUUAUCGGUCGUACCAAGAUAGAUAAUGUGGAGUUAGAUGAUGCUGAGUCUGGACAGCGCUCGCACAAGACACUCAACACGAUUGAAGAUGAGGAUGGGAAUGAGCAUGAGAUUCUUCGCGACAAUAUGCCAUUUGGAUCUUUUGGAUCUGGUGAGUUUGGAACAUACUUCAUUGGGUAUACUCGUCGCCUUUGGGUUAUUGAGAAAAUGUUGGAGCGCAUGUUUAUUGGAGAUCCACCUGGGCUGCAUGAUCGCAUCCUUGAUUUCUCAAAGCCGCUUACUGGGACGACGUUCUUUGCGCCACCUGCUAGUGUAUUGUCUAGUUUGGAGUCUGAUUGA